AUGAGCUCAGUUUUUGUGACCAGCCAAUAUUCACCAGCCGCUAAAUUAUUCUUCUAUCGGCAGUACUUAUAUUUCGUAGUCACAGUUCUUGCUUCAAACAGUUAUCCACACCCAUCACAAAUCAAAAUUCUUAGUCUUUUAAAAACUGUUACGCAUGCUCAACGGGUUCGUUUCCUGUACAAAUUUAUACUCAGUUUACAUCGUUCUCUGCCUCCUACUUUGAGAAAAGUUGGCGAUAAAUAUGUGAAAACAGAAUUCAAGAAGCAUAGAGAUGUCAAACCUGAAUUCAUUCAACCAUUUAUGAUCGAGUGGACAAAGUAUGCAGUUGAAUUGUCAAAACAAAUCAAACAGUCAAUGCAAAGAGCUAAUGAUAAAGAAAUAAAUGAGAAAAGUGUCAGUGAAGCAACAUUUGGUAAACCAUUAGAUGAGAAAUCAUUGAAUCAUUUCUCAGAAGCACAACUUAGUCAGUUAUUAUCUCUUGCCAAGGAAAUUCAUGAUGAAAACAGUGAAUCAAGAGAAUAAACUGAUCGCUUUACC